AUGAGUUUAGGCGGCUGUGGUCUCUAUGUCUCUUUUGGAAAGAAAAAGAGCGUAGUUGGUAAUGAGCAAUUGAGCCCCAGUCCUCAGAAAUCUGCUUCCGAUUGUUUUGAUUCUUCUCCAAAUACUAUUAUGUGGUGUUCUAAAUCCUCAUGUGACAGAGAUUUGGUCACGGAGAAAAAGUUUCGACAUCGAAGAAGUUUUUCACAAGGUAACAUACAUAAACCCCCUCAAAAUAUUUUGAUCCCUGGGAAGUCAUCUGCUGCAGGCCAAGCUGUAAACACGGCAAGUCAAGCUGACAAAGAUUUGGUGACUGAGAAUAAGUUCUCUCACCAAAGAAGUUUUUCACAAGGUAACUGUUAUGUUACCCCUCGAAAUAAUUUAGUGCCGCAAAGGGCAUCUGAUGCAAAUCAAGCUGCAAGGCAUGGUUUAAGCUCUGGAGCAUGUCAUUAUUAUGGCCAUGGAAACAUCAUUAAGGGGUUAAGCAGCAUAACGCAACCCAAAAGCCCUGCAAGUGUGGAAGAGAUCAAUUAUUUGGCCAAUAUGAAACAUAGAAAGGGAUACUUUAAGGAGGCAAUAUCCUUAUAUGAUAUGGCCAUUGCAUUGUGUCCUCAAAAUGCUGCUUUCCGUACCAAUAAGGCUGCAGCCUUCAUCAGCCUUGGUAGAUUAACUGAAGCUGUGGAAGAGUGCUUAAAGGCAAUUAAAUGUGAUCCAUCAUGUUCUCGUGCCCAUUAUACGCUUGGAUCUAUAUAUACUAGGUUUGGUCAAGUUGAUGAUGCAAGAUGGCACUACAUGUUAUCUGGGAAAAAUAUUGCCUCAGAAACGAUGCAGUGCCUGUUGCGUAUUGAAGCCCACUAUGCAAAUACUAACAAGGCCAGGAAGGUUAAAGAUUGGGUUGGGGUUCUGAGAGAAAGCACUUCAUGUAUUGAAGCUGGAGUAGAUGCAUCAAACCAGUUGGUUGCUUUAAAAGCUGAGGCUCUAUUUAAGCUUCAAAGGGUAGAGGAAGCUUUGCAAUUAGUAACUGCUGCGAGUCGAUCAGAAGAAAGUAGAGUCACAAAACCUUGCAAGGGAACAGCAUGUUUGCUGAUAAUAGAAACUAAACUGAAUUUGUAUCUUGGAAGGUUUGAGAAAGGAGUUAAGUCCGCAGAAAAAGCUGUUGACAUGAAUUUAACCCGGAAGUCUCUAAAGUGGCUGAAGAAAGCUAGGGGUGCAGCAGAUGCCAGGAAAUGUGGAAAUUAUUUCUACAAGGAUAAGAAGUAUUUGGAGGCAUGCACAAUGUUUGACCAGGGUCUGCAGUAUGUUUCUACAAGCAAUGUCUUACUUUGUGAUCGAGCCGCUUGCAGGUCCAAGCUUGGACAGUGGGGAAUGGCCAUUGACGAUUGCAAUGCAGCUUUAAGAGAACGGCCUAAUUUUCACAAAGCUCUUCUAUGGCGUGCUCACUCUUAUGCUAAACUUAGAAGAUGGGAGGAUUCCUUGAAAGACUAUUCUGCAUUGAACAAGGAGUUUCCAGGAGAUGAAUUUAUUUCCAGUUCUCUUGAUCAAGUACGAAUGGAAUUGAAGGCUCAAGCUGGUUCAUGUCCGUCAAGUUCAAGCCGUCCAACACUAACAGAUUUAAUGCAGAAAAGUGGAACUUAG